AUGUCGUCGAAAGAUCAGGGGACUCCGAAAAUAAAGAACCAAGGCAAUCCGCCAUUGAAGAAGGAAAACCAACCUUCUACAUCUAAUAAAGCCACCAGUAUUUCUAACGCUAACUCCCAACCGAAAGAAAAUGGAUCACCAGUCCAAUCCCUUGAUUUGAAAAAGAUGGUUCGAACUAAUUUGUCAAGACAAACGGUGAAAGGGCAGAGAUAUGACAUCCCAACCCUUCUUCAUAUCGGGCGUCAACUAGAAUCAACAACUCUCCAAGCGUCAAACUUGGACGGCGCCGGAUUUUAUGAACCUUCAGCAUCAAGACGCAAUACUAGUAUAGGAAGUCGUGUUCUUAAAGAAAAGUCGAUGAACCAUCAACGAAACUCUUCCACCAUGUCUGCCACGACCGAUGAUGGUCGUGAGGUUGUUCGGUACCCUCGGCGACAGCCAGUGAAUGCUCCUCAAGGGACACUGGCGCAAAGUCACGCAGGUUUUGCAAGAUUUCUAAAGGAACAUUCGUCGCCUAAGCAUCAUAGAGUUACCGCUGGUGGGCGGAUUGUCCCCAUGAAUUUCCAAUUUCCGGCACCAGAGUUCAGGCUUCCAAUGGCUACAACCGAUCCAGCAAGCUGUACCAAGAAUGAGGCGUCUCCAAAAGGAUUACAAGCACCAAACCAUACUACAACCCCAGAAGUAAAACCUCCUGAACCAACUGUGAACCCCAAAACACUCCCUGUAAGUGGCACUAAGACCGGAAAUCAGCAGAUGAGGGCUCCAUCUACUUUUAGCGCAGGCCAACCACUAAAGCUGGGCCCCAUGUCAUUUGACGGGAUCUCCAUUCCCCAAGUUGGAGAUCACGAGCAAUUUGAAUUAUUCUCAUCAAAUCCCCAGCUAUAUGCCUCACAGGUCUUCGGGUCCCAGUUAUUCCCUGAGGGUAUGCAGCAACCGGUUCAGAUACCUUACGUUCCUCAGAUUGGCAAUAUGCUUGGGGCAUACCAAUUGGGAUCCUCCUUUCCUCUCGGGGCACAAUCACAGUUCAUCCCUGCAAAUAAUAAUAUUGGGAUCAAUCCGUAUAUUACCUACCCGGCGGCUUCGAUCGGAAUUGGAAAUGGACACGACUCAGGGGCGCGAAGUUUGCUUGAAUCGGCAAUCCAGGAAUUCGAUAACAUUUCCAACCAACUUUCAAAUUUAGACAGAUAUCUCGCAUUGCAUACCUGGGAUAUUGAUCCCGCAACUAAGAAACUUCUUGUGGAGCAGCGUAUUGAGCUGGUCCGCAAGUUGGAUUCAACCAGAGUCUAUAAAGAGCACUUGGAAACUCUUUUGCAGUCUUCGAAGUUCGAAGGGGUGGGACUCGGCCAAUUUUCUGACCAGGCUUUCAUGGGAAAUUCAAGCCAAAUUGCCCAACUUUCCCUUCCAAAUGCGUACGGCGCUUUUCAAUCAGCAAACAAUAAUUCCGCAUUCCUCCAAGCUGGUGGCUUUCUGCAGUCGACACUAAAUCCCGCAACAGGAAUUGUAGCGGGAACGGGCUUCGUAUCCGCCGAAUCUCUUGGUCCGGUGCUUGCUGGACGGCAAAUGAGUGGGACUCAAUACGGGCAACUAGAUGCCUUCAACUCCUCCUAUGAUAAUCUUCAGAUUCCAGCAGAUCUAAAUCAAGCUAUUACUGCGGCUCAAAAUUGGGGGACGAAUGCAGAUUUUGCGAUGAGCAAUUAUUUGAACUCUCAAAAUGCUUCUUCCAAACCCGUUCCAUCAGCUACUGGCAAAUCUAGGGCUGAAAUGAAACGUGCUGAUAGAACUUCACCUGUGCCCUCCUUCGACAUUGACGCAGUUUAUCUUAGGAUUGAAGAAGCUGCAAAACGCAAGGAACCACUCGAACCUUACUUUAAGGAACUCGCAAGGUGUACUGCAAUGAUUAAUGCAACCAACCUCAACGGAGGCUCUUCGCAGUCAACCGAUAAUCCUUGGAAUUCAAACUGUCUGAGCAAGGGCAGAGCACCAAACUCCUGUGCUAUGACAGGAGCUAGAUUAGGGACGGCGAUACUAAAGGAAAAUUCACAGCAAAUUCCGGGAGUGCUAGGCAAUUCUAGUUGCAAUGGGAAAAGUGCUGUUAAGUCGAGUAGUCCUCAAAAGAAACCAAGUAAUGAAGGACAGGUCCCAAAUUUGCGUUCCAGUCCGUUAUCAGGCCGUCAAACAAGGGGCUGCACCUGUACGAAGAAACGAGAACAGUCGAGCAACAGCAGUGGAGCAGGACACAUUGACGCUCAGCCCUCCACGUUAGUUGGGCCUUCCCUAAACAGCUCGAUUGCUAUAGCUUCAAAAGUUCCACAAAGUAGCUCAAACCCUCGGAGGGUCGGAUCGGCGACCUCGGUGCAAAUUAAUUCUAUGGGGAUUCUUCCCCCUUUUGAUGGCACUGGUGAUUCAGCUGGUCCAAGUUCGAAACCCACGACGGCGACUACAAAUGUCACUUCAGAUGGCACACUGGUCAAGGCAAAUGGCCAGAAAGAUACAGCCAGUGGCAGAAAAACCUCAUGGUUUCGACGGCAGACCCGCAGAGAUCCUAAUCCGAUGGACGUUCGCACAUUCUUCCAACUGCUUCGCGACGAAGAUAGGGAAGCAAUCCGGAAGCAGGACAUUGACCACCCGCCAUUCUGA